ACCGGCGCCCCACCCGCCAACCCACCCGCCAUGAGGCCGGCGGCCUGGGCCGGGGAGGCGGCCGCGAGCGGCGCGGGGGCGGCGCCCUGAGAAGCGGCCUGGCCAGGCAGGCGGAGGGAGACGCAGGAAGGCCCAGCCGAGCCAUGGACAACCAGUGUACGGUCCAGGUGAAGUUGGAGCUGGGGCACCGUGCCCAGCUGCGGAAGAAGCCCACCACCGAGGGCUUCACCCACGACUGGAUGGUCUUCGUGCGCGGCCCUGAGCACUUUGAGAUCCAGCACUUUGUGGAGAAAGUGGUCUUUCGGCUACAUCAGAGCUUCCCGAAACCAAAACGCGUCUGCAAAGAGCCCCCGUACAAAGUGGAGGAGUCUGGCUAUGCUGGCUUCAUCAUGCCCAUUGAAGUUCACUUCAAAAACAAGGAGGAACCCAAGAGAGUUUGCUUCACCUACGACCUCUUCCUGAAUCUGGAGGGGAACCCGCCUGUCAACCACCUGCGCUGUGAGAAGCUGACCUUCAACAAUCCAACGAAGGAUUUCCGACGCAAGCUGAUCAAGGCUGGAGGGGUCAUGGUGAUGCCAGAAGGAGCAGAAACCGUGUCUCGGCCCAGUCCUGACUACCCCAUGCUGCCCACAAUACCGCUGUCGGCUUUCUCUGAUCCCAAGAAGACCAAACAGUCCCAUGGGACCAAGGAGGCGGGCAAAGACGGGAGCAAAACUUCCAAGCCGCACAAGGUGACCCGGGAGCACCGCGAGAGGCCCCGGAAGGACUCGGAGAGCAAAGCCUCCUCCAAAGACCCCGAGAGGGAUCCCGGUAAGCCUCCAAAGGACUCCUCGAGGAAAGCUGCCGAGAACAAGGCGCCCAAGGAGGACAAGCCCCUCCCCAAGGCAGCCUUCAAGGAACCCAAGCUGGCUCUGAAGGAGCCCAAGGCGGAGAACGCCUCGCCCAAGGGGGCCCCCCCGCCGGGCGAGCUCAAGCCGUCCAGCAAGAGGCCCCCAGCGGUGGAGUCACCCAAGCCCAGUGCCAAAAAGCCGAAGAAGAGCAGCUCGAAGGGGGCCAAGACCGUCCCGGCCACUUCGCCCCGCGCCGCGUCUUACGCCGAGAAGCGGCCCCCCAAGGAGAAGCCCGGCGCCAAAGCGGAGAAGGCAAAGGCGGAGAGCGAGCCCAAGGCCCUCAAGAAGCCCGUGGAGGUGGCGGCGGCGGCGGUGGUGGCGGCAGCGGAGGAGUCCAAUUCAGAGGACGAGGCUUCUCUGAAAUCGGAGUCCGCCGCGUCCAGCCCUUCGAACUCCAGCUCUGGCUCGGACUCCAGCUCCGACUCUGAUUUCGAGCCGUCUCAGAACCACAGCCAAGGGCCGCUGCGAUCCAUGGUGGAGGACCUCCAGUCUGAGGAAUCGGAUGAUGAUGACAGCUCGUCUGGGGAAGAGACAGCUGUCAAGGUGACCCCCAUCAGCAGAGACCCCAGGCUCAGCCAUAGCGACAGCGACAGCGAUAACAGUGCGGAUUCCUGCUUGCCAAGCCGCGAACCUCCUCCUAGCCAGAAACUCCCCCCUUCGAGCAAUAAGGUUCCUGGGAGAAAGAGUCCGGAGUCCUGCAGCAAGCCAGAAAAGAUCCUCAAGAAAGGGACCUAUGACAAGGCCUACACCGACGAGCUGGUGGAGCUUCACCGGAGGCUGAUGGCGCUACGAGAACGGAACGUACUACAGCAGAUCGUCAACCUCAUCGAGGAGACAGGGCACUUCAACGUCACCAACACCACCUUUGACUUUGACCUCUUCUCCUUGGACGAGACCACGGUCCGCAAGCUGCAGAGUUACCUGGAAGCCGUGGCCACGUGACCCGCAGCCUCCCGAAUCCAGUGGGACGCUUUUUGGAAAACCAGAUUUCCCCGCCUCUUUGGUACCAGGAAACCAACCCAUGGGCCUCGGUCGCCGCCUUAUCCUCCUCAGUUCACCUGAAGCACUGCCUUAGAGAACAGCCGCGCUCUAGGAACCCGCCGCGCUUUUCUUUCCGAGCUUCAGCCGAGCC